AUGGAAGCUAUAUCUGAUCCAACAUUCAAGCAUGCUAGAUCGAGAAAGCAAGUCACUGAAGAAUCACCAUCGUUACUCACCGUCAUUAUAGAGAUUGCACCAAAGUUAUGGACAACGUUUGAUGAAGAAGGAAAUGAGAAAGGGAGUAUAAUAAAAGUGUUGGAGGCAUUGAUUGUAUUUCUAAAUGCACAUUUAGCGUUCAAUAGUGCUAACAAGGUAGCAGUGAUUGCUGCAUACUCUCAAGGUAUCAAAUAUUUAUAUCCAGAGAGCACAACUGCUAUAAAGGCAUCUGAAUUUGAACACAAAAACCGCAGUGAUCUUAAAAUUAUCAACUCUGAUAUGUAUAGACGGUUUAGGAACGUUGAUGAAACGCUGGUCGAAGAAAUAUUUAAGCUGUUUGAAUUAGAGAAAAAGCAGAUUGAGCAAAAUAGCCAACGAAGCACGCUAGCGGGUGCUAUGUCAGCUGGGCUGACUUAUGUGAACAGAAUUUCAAAAGAAUCAGUGACUACUUCUUUAAAGUCAAGGCUACUGGUUCUUACAUGUGGGAGUGGCAGUAGUAAGGACGAAAUUUUUCAAUACAUCCCUAUAAUGAAUUGUAUAUUUUCUGCGACAAAAAUGAAAUGUCCCAUCGAUGUCGUAAAAAUUGGUGGUUCUAAGGAAAGUACAUUUUUACAACAAACAACGGAUGCGACAAAUGGUGUUUAUUUACAUGUGGAUUCUACGGAAGGCUUAAUCCAAUAUUUAGCAACCGCGAUGUUCAUCGAUCCGUCAUUAAGACCUAUAAUUGUCAAACCCAAUCAUGGAUCUGUCGACUUCAGAACAUCGUGCUAUUUAACGGGAAGAGUUGUUGCCAUUGGAUUCAUUUGUUCAGUAUGUUUAUGUGUUCUAUCAGUCAUACCGCCGGGAAAUAAAUGUCCCGCAUGUGAUUCUCAAUUCGAUGAGCAUGUGAUUGCAAAAUUGAAGAGGAAGCCGGUUGUUCCAAGGCUGAAGGCUAAAAAGAAAGUAACGAAACCAUAA